AUGUCUGUUCCCUCUCAAAAGCCCCGGAAGGACUUCCCAAACCGCCCACAAUUUUCAGGUUUCAUGAAGCCAUGCCGAGUUGAAGGAGAAGUUCUGAAUCUAGAAGUGUAUGGUGAAAUACCGAAAGACAUUGAUGGGACAUUCUACCGGGUGAUGCCAGAUCCCCAAUUCUCGCCCUUCAUCGAGAAUGACCCACAGUGGUUCAACGGCGAUGGCAAUAUCAGCGCCUUCAAAAUCAAAGAUGGUUCAGUCUCCUUCAAGCAGCGUUUUGUCCGAACAGAGAAAUUUGUCCGGGAACGAGAGGCUCAAAGAGCAUUGAUUGGCAAAUACCGCAACAAAUUUACCGAUGCGGUGGAAUUGAAGAUCCGUACCACGGCGAACACAAAUGUCGUUCACUUUAACGGCAAAUUGCUGGCUCUGAAGGAAGACGCCCCGCCAUAUGCAUUGGAUCCUCACACCCUCGAGACAACUGGCCUGUACGACUUCGAUGGACAGUUGCCCAGUUUGACUUUCACCGCGCACCCGAAAUUCGACCCGCUCACAGGUGAGAUGCUGUGCUUCGGAUACGAAGCCAAGGGGGAUGGAACACCUGAUAUUUGUUAUUAUCGCAUUGCACCCGACGGAAAGUUCAUGGAAACUGUCUGGUUGAUUGCGCCUGUUUUAGCUAUGAUACACGAUUUUGCGGUCACCGAGAACUGGGUCGUUUUCCCAAUCAUUCCUCAACUCUGCGACAUUGAGAGGAUGAAACAGGGCGGCGAGCACUGGCAGUGGAGCCCUGAAACUCCAUUCUAUAUUGGAGUCCUUCCACGACGAGGAGCAAAGCCAUCCGAUCUCAAGUGGUUCCGCUACCAAAACUCUUUCCCGGGCCAUGUAGCCAACGCCUACGAAGACGAAUUCGGCAACAUCAUACUCGAUCUCGGACUAAGCGCGAUGAACGUCUUCUUCUGGUGGCCGGAUGCGCAAGGAAAAUCCCCUGAGCCGAGUUCUAUCCACUCUCAGCUAACCCGGUUCACCAUCAACCCAAAAUCCGAGGAGCUUGACUUGGUGAACCCAACGGUUCUCCAAAGCGACAACUCGGAAUUCUACCGUAUUGACGACCGCUUCACCACCAAGCCGUACAAGCACUGUUUCUUCGACCUGAUGAACCCUGCCCUUGGAACCGAUUUCCCGACUAUCACGCCUCAACUGGGCGGUGGAUAUCCGCUGUAUAACGCUCUGGCGCAUUUGAAUAUUGAGACUGGGGUAACAGAAAUCUACUUCCCUGGGAAGACACAUAUGGUGCAAGAGCCAGUUUUCAUUCCGCGACGCGGAUCUAGCGUUGAGGGUGAUGGGUAUGUGAUGGCUUUGGUGAAUAACUAUGUUUCCAUGUGUAGCGAGCUGCACUUACUAGAUACGAGAGAUUUCACCAGGGCAAAGGCUAUCAUUCUGAUGCCACUUCGGUUAAGGCAGGGUUUGCACGGGAAUUGGGUUGAGGGUGAGGAUCUGGAGGUUGGGGCUUAUCGCAGAACCUAG